AUGAAUUGCAAUGAGACUCGCCAAUCGAGCAGAAAAAAGGGGCUUUCUGAGUCAAAAUCAGACCCAAGUCUACUAUGUAGCAGCAGAUCUUCAAGAGGAAAUUCAUCACAAAGUGAUGGUUUGUCUAGUUUAGAGUCACGCGUGACCAUAGAUUCUCUGAUCACCAGCACACCAUCAGAGAGCUCACCUCCAGGGCGGGCCCACCAAUCAGCGCGGUGCCGCUCUCUUUAUGGAGCGCACAAAUCGAAUGACGAAGGAGGAAGGCAAAGCGAGCAGAAGGUUGAUCCCGCGCCGUCCGGACACGAUCUAGUGUCUCGGGGAUUCUCAGGCAAAGGUCCCAGCCAGAGAGACUUUGAGGCAGACCCAGCACAUGGGUACUGGAGCUGGAGCUCACAGUCAGAGAGCUGGUAUCAUGUAGAUGAGUCAACAGGUGCGGUUCUCUGGGUGCCACAUCAACUAGAUUAA